AUGGGGAGUUGGGCUUCUGAAGCCACCUCCCGCCCACUGCAUGAAGCUUCCAUGUAUGAGAGGCAUGAGCAAUGGAUGGCUCGUUACAGUCGCAAUUACAAGGAUGAUGCGGAGGAGGAGAGGCGUUUAAUGUUCAAGGACAAUGUGGACUUUAUUCAAACUUUCGACACUGCAGGGAAUAUGCCUAACAAGCUAGGUGUCAAUGCACUUGCUGACAUGACCCAUGAAGAAUUCAGAGCCUCUGGUAAUACAUUCAAAAUUCCCCCCAACUCUAGGACUUCGUCGGAAACAACAUCAUUCAGGCACCAGAAUGUCACCAGAAUUCCAUCUACCAUGGACUGGAGAAAGAAAAGAACUGUCACCCAUAUUAAGAAUCAACUCCAAUGUGGAGGUUGCUGGGCAUUUUCUGCAGUGGCAGCCAUGGAGGGGAUUGCCAAGCUCCAAACCAGCAAGUCGAUUUCUCUCUCAGAGCAAGAACUCGUAGACUGUGACAUUUUUGGCAGUAACAUAGGCUGUGAGGGUGGUUGCAUGGAUGAUGCCUUUAAAUUCAUUAUUCAGAACAGAGGCCUUAACUCAGAAGCAAGGUACCUAUACAAGGGAGUUGAAGGACAUUGCAACAAGAAAAAAGAAUCCUCCAGAGCAGCCAGGAUCAAUGAUUAUGAAAACAUGCCUGAAUUCAGCGAGAAGGCACUGCUGAAGGUGGUCGCCCACCAGCCAAUUUCUGUUGCUAUUGAUGCUGGGGGAUCUGCCUUCCAAUUUUAUGAAAUUGGCAUCAUCACUUGAGAGUCUGGAAACGAUCUGGAUUAUGGAGUAACAACAGAUGGGUAUGGAAGGAGCGCCGAUGGUAAAAAGCAUUGGUUAGUCAAGAAUUCAUGGGGCACUGACUGGGGCGAGAAUGGAUACACAAGGAUGGAAAGAGGUGUUAAAGCCACCACAGGCCUCUGUGGCUUUACUAUGCAAGCUUCCUAUCCCACCGCUUAA